CUGUGAGCGUCUUCGACAGUAUAGAGGCCAUGGUGUAACUGAGUGUGUUUUAGUGACCACAGCUCAUUGGGCUCGGCUGACAGUGGUGGCGAGGGAGACGUGUGUUGUUGGGCGAGGCAGUGAAGGUACCAUCAUGGCAGAGGUGCGGCCAGAGUCUGUGGACAGCGAUGAUGACUUUGUCUAUGUUACAGCAGCAGGUAAGAGUGAGAGUUAUGAAGGGGAUGACUGCCCUGAUGGAUGGUUGUUGGUUGAGGAAGACGCUGACGACCGCUACAUCAUCUCCCACCUCAGCGACCUCACACAACAACACACCAGCUCACCUCUUCAAGGCAUACAACAUCAAAAACAUUUUCAGUUUAGCCAGCGCAGUUACAAAAAUCUACUAGAGGAAGAAUCAAGCAAGCAAAAUAUUGAAGAAACCAUGCAAUGCGAGAGUGUAAACGUCCAAGAGAGUGAGCUGAAUGAGAAUUGUAAAGUGAGUGAGCUGGAGGCGGCUAUGCAUUUUUCCACUGACGAUGAAGACCAAGACAAUGUUAUGGACAUUUACAUUAGCAAGCGAGCCAAAAUGCAAAGAAAGUUGGAUGUGUUUGGAAACCGUUCUCGUCACAAGAACGCCAAGAGGAAGACCAAUGGCUACAGCUACAUUUACACAAAACCCUACAUUUUUGACCCUUACUGAGGUGCCCAGAAUGUGAUGUGGUGUUUGCCGCAGCAACUCAACACACACCAGCCCCUUCCUCCUCAAUACUCUCGGUGCAAAAGCUACGAAAAAUUAGAGGCAUGGAUUGCAUCACUACAUGAUGGAGCAAACAUCAAGGAUAUCGCACCUGAAUUCUAUAACGAUAUAAUACAUUUUGGAACGCUA